AUGGAGAAUCAGACAUCUAACCUCUCGGCCCUCAUGGAGAAGCUGCUGGAGCGCUUCGAUGAGGAGCGGGCGGAGGCGGGGAAGCGCGCAGAGGUGCAGGCCGCCUUCAACAGCCAGGUCUCCCACGAGCUUGCCAGCCUCUCCAAGCAGAUCGGCCUCACCCAAGCCGAGGUCGACGACGUUCGGAAGGGGGCCUCCUCUUCGCCCUCGUCGGCCCUCUCGGCCAGAUCCGACGUCGACAACCCGACCACGACGGAGCCGCCACCACCACCACCGCCACCGGAGCAGCGCGUCGCUCCACCUCCGAACGCGUUGCCACGACCGCAGGCGCUGGCCGGCGGCCAGCCGCGCGCCCGUCUGAUCAACGACGGACCACCGCUCCUUCCAGUUCCGGAGCAGCCGCCACCACCGGAGCGCGCUCAUCACCAACAACCGCGCGAGGAUUACUUCACCAAGCCACCGAAACACAAUUUCCCUCGCUUCGAUGGAGAGUACCCGCACGUCUGGCUGGAUCGAUGCCUGACGUAUUUCGAGCUCUACCGCGUGCCGGAGCACAGUUGGGUGACCACCGCAGCGCUCUAUGUGGAGGGGCACGCUACACUCUGGCUACGCGCGUUUCGACAACAACAUCUGAUUCUCCGCUGGGAUAUGUUCAGGCACGCGAUUGAGGAGGAGUUUGGACCGGACGAAUUUGAGUCCCUGAUGCACAGCCUGUUGCAAUUGCGGCAGACGAGCAGCGUGAUCGAGUACAGACAACAAUUCGAGGUUCUCAUGUACAAUUUGAUGGCCCUGGAUGCAACCCUGAGUCCCAAAUUCUUUAUCACACAGUUUCUGUUGGGCCUUAAGGAUGAGCUGCACACUGCCGUACGCCUUCAAGCACCCAACAGCAUCACCCGCGCCACAGUUUUUGCAAGAAUCCAGGAAGAGGAACUCGCGAAUCUGCACCCCAAAUCACGACCAUUGCCAGCAGGUCGACCGCCUCCACUGCCCUACUCUGCAUCAACUCAGGGAUGCCCCCCGGCAGCAGCAACCAUGGUGCCAACGGGGAACCCACCCAAACCGAUUGCCAUAGCCAAACAAGCGGCAGAUGAUUUCGGCAGAGAGCGGCAGUUACGAGAUUACAGGCGCCAACAUGGCCUGUGUUUCCGCUGUGGCGAGAAGUACUCCAGGGAGCAUCAGUGCAAACGAUCAGCUCAGUUACUUACCAUUGAGGUUGGGGAAUAUGGAGAGGUCAUGUCCGAUGAUGCUGUGCGCGCCCUGGAAUUGUUAGAUGAACCAGCGGUGGCUGACGCCGCGUGCUGCCUCCUGUCAGCGCACGCUGCAGAGGGCACAGAAGUGGCAAAAACCAUUAGACUGCGCGCUAUGGUGGGCGGACAGACAAUGUUGUUACUCGUCGACUCCGGCAGUACACACAGUUUCGUCAGCACGGCAUUUGCAGAGCGUGUGGCAGCUCCGACAGCCAAGAUGCCGGCAGUGGCCGUUCGCGUCGCCAACGGCCAACGGCUGACCUGCACAGCUAUGGCACCCCAGCUCCAUUGGACCAUUCAGGGUCAUGAAUUUGCCACUAAUAUGCGCCUGUUGGAGUUGGGCGUGUAUGAUGCCGUCCUGGGAGUUGACUGGCUCGCUCAGCAUAGCCCAAUGAAGUGCGACUGGAAUCUGAAAUCGAUGGAAUUCGUCAAGGAGGGAACCACGGUACAGCUGUUCGGUGUGCACACAGAGGAGCAGCCUACGCUAGCUGCAAUGGAUGCUGCUAUGCUUUGGCAACUGCAGGAGGCCAAUGAAAUUUGGGGCACGACUCUGUUGGAAAUUCAGGUUCCCGCAUCACCUCACAAGGAACCAAUUCCCCCGAUCAUCCAACGGGUACUGACAGACUUUAGGGAUGUCUUUGAGGAGCCAACCACAUUACCCCCUCGUCGACAAUACGAUCACGCCAUCACCCUGGAGCCGGGCACAACACCAAUCAACUGUAGACCAUACCGGUACUCACCACUGCAAAAAGAUGAGAUAGAGCGACAAGUUGCUGAAAUGCUCCACAAGGGCCUCAUCACCCAUAGUAUGAGCCCGUUUGCUGCGCCGGUCCUCUUGGUCAAGAAAAAGGAUGGAUCGUGGCGAUUCUGUGUGGAUUAUCGAAGAUUGAAUGCAGUUACCAUCAAGAACAAAUUUCCCCUCCCGGUUAUCGACGAGCUACUGGAUGAGUUGGCGGGUGCGACAUUCUUCUCCAAGAUCGAUUUGCGUUCGGGUUAUCAUCAGAUCCGCAUGCGAAAGGGCGAUGAAGCCAAGACGGCCUUCAAAACUCAUCACUGGCACUUCGAGUUCCGCGUGAUGCCGUUCGGAGUCACAAAUGGACCUCCAACAUUCCAAUGCGUCAUGAAUGCGCUCCUCUCUGGACCGAACCGUAAGUAUGUUAUAAGUUUUCUGGAUGACAUUCUGGUGUUCAGUCAUACCUUGCAGGAACAUGUCGAGCAUUUGCGCACGGUGUUGACUGUCUUGCGACAACAUCAAUUGUACGCAAAGGAAUCCAAGUGCUCAUUUGCCCAGCCUCGCAUUGAAUACCUUGGGCAUGUGAUUUCCAAGGAAGGUGUGGCAACGGAUGCCAGCAAGACCAGCGCUAUGUGUUCGUGGCCUACACCAACAAAUGCCACGGAGCUACGGGGAUUCCUCGGCCUCACUGGGUACUAUCGCAAGUUCGUUCCAAGAUAUGGGAUCAUCGCCAAGCCGCUCACUCAGUUGCUCACUAAGAAAGGAUUUCUCUGGUCUGAACAAGCCCAGGUCGCCUUUGACCUCCUCAAGCAAGCUAUGGUCAAUGCCCCAGUCUUGGCACUGCCGGAUUUUUCACGCCCGUUUUCCAUUGAAACAGAUGCUUGA